GUGACGGCAGGCCAUCAGUACAGGAUGCGGCCGCCCCCGUACCGGCGUGGCCAAACGGCGUCGCAACAGGAAAAAGGAAUCUGCCUACCCGGCUCGACCUCUCGGGCACCUGCUACUCUCGGACAGAUCCCCUCUUCCCUCGGGUGCUUUGCUCUGCGCGGCGGAGAGAUCGAACCAGUGGUGGCGGCACAGGCGCUGGGAGAUGCAUUCGAGUUCCUAUCAGAUCUGGUUAACAGAUUCCCUCUUCCCACGUUGGGUGGUGAAUACACGCGGCCGGCGCAGCCGGUUGCAGAUCCGGUGGACGCAGUAGCCGAGUCCAGCAUUGCUGAUGUUGGUGAUGCCUCGCCGGCGCGGCAGCCAGACCUGAACGACGCUUGCGCGUCUAGCAACUUGUUCGCACCGGAUUCAAAACAGUCAAUGUGCAGGGACGACCCGCAGGCACCGUUCUGGACGAAGAGAAAGAGAUAUUACUGAAAAAGGCGAAACUGUCAUGCGUGCUGGGGUGUUGGAAGGAUGCGUUCUCCAGUGUUAAAGUCAAUGUGGUACUAUAUCUGACAGCAACGAUCUAAUUGAUGCUGGGUCCAUGUUGGGUGGGCACUUGUUGAACGGCCACCAUGCGCCGGUAGAGUGUGCACCCUAUAAUCAGGGGAUAUGCAGAGAAGACUGGAACUGUUAAAGCGCCUGAAGUCGGCAGGAGCUCGGUUCAUUAGGUGAAGAGACUACUACAAUACGUACUCCUAGGAAAUUGCAUUUGAAAUCAAGUAGUAAUGUGACCUGUGAUUUACUGAUCAGCUGCUGAAGAUAAUUAAUAUCUUACCUUUUCAGGUGUUUUAUCAUAAUUGCCACACGAAUGUCAGGUGUUUUUUCAGGUGUUCCCCUCGCCUUCGGCUGCCAUCUUGGCGCUAAGAGGUCAGGGGACCUCGCAUCUUCAAGAGUUGUACGUUUUUCGUCAUCGUCUAUUGAUCAUCGUUUUUGUAAGAAUAAAUUUACUUUUGUUCUUUUGGCGGUGCCAUGAUAUUAGAGAGUUUUCUGUCCUCACGGAUCCGACUAUUCAGAUCUGGUGAAUUUACAUUGGUGUGACCAUUUUUUUUGUUGGUUUGAUUCUUUGUGAAGUUGAAAUUUUUCAUCGACAUCGUGGUGAAGAUAUUGUGAUUCGACGGCCUGCACUUUUUUAGGGAAUCAUCCCCGCCUCAAGUAUGUUCAUCGAUAAAGGCUUUCCAUCUUUUUGGAUGGACGACUCAAGGCGUUUUCAAAAACUAUUAUUGAUAAUGUUCGUGUGGGUGAAAUAGUGACAACCACGUUGCUUCGGUCCAAUUGUAGCCUCUUUACCGAAGUCUUUGAAGCAUUUUUCCUAGCAGAGAUUGAUACCGUGAAGGUGUUUUCAAGAGAUUUUAUUAUAGUUCUUAGUCAUAAGAGUUAUUCUGUAUUUUGUUAGAUUUUAGAUAUGAAUCAGUGUAUAUAAAAUUACAUGUGUUUCUCAAAAAAAAAAGUGGUCGUUCCAGGAAUUCAAGUUUGUGAUGUCAUUUAAACUUGUGAUGUCAAACACAUAUAUAUAUUUACAAACUUUAUACUACCAUCUUUUGCACAAGUUUUAUUUGUAGUCAAAGUUUUGCCGUAAUAUUGUGUGGUUUCGGCAGACUAAGGGUUCGUCGUUAAAAUGGAGAACUGGUUCGUUCACAAAAAAAGGAGAACUGAUUUAGGAGGGAUAUGCGGGCGUGAUAGGAUUCGCUAAAUGAGUGGUCAGUUUCAAAAAAAAGAGAGGGGUCACGUGUGUGCCUCAUCUACAGCUGCCGGCAUGCACAUUGAACAGAUGGGUCCAGGUCAUCGACGCCGCUUCUGGGACAGACGGCCGUCCGCUAUUCACCUGUGUCCGACCGACUCCUAUACGGCCCAAAAUAUAGGAUCUUCAAACAAACUAUACACCGACA